AUGCAGUUCUACUAUCAAUUCGCCAUCCUACUUUCCAGUCUCUCUCAGACUUUGGCUGCACCCGCGGAACAAGCAGUUGAGGACAAACAAAUUACAAAGAGGGCCUGCGCGCCUACAGGCCAAGAGUCUUGCUGUCUCAAGGGGGUCAAUGGAGCUCAAACAAAUCUUCAAGAACUGAUUCCCUUUGGAUCCAAUGGCGGCAUAAUCAACGGGUUUUAA